AUAAAGAAUUCUGUAAAAAUAGUAUUGUAAUGUUGUAGCAUACAAUUAACGGGCAACAAGCAAUAACAACAAUAACAAUGACAAAAAAAAUUUUUUUUUUUUGAUUUCUUAUGAAGUGUAUAUGCACGUAGACGUUUACGCAAUAAAAGCGUAAAGCGUUGCGACCGCGAUUACCGACUUAUAUAAGGCAGUGUGUUUGCAAAAUCAGUCAGCACAUGAAAAAUAAUAUAUGAAAAUGAAUAGAUUGACGACUAUCACAAGUGACAUUUUUAAGCUAAACUUCCUAUUAAAUCUUGGAUAUAAUUAAACUUAAUUUCAUAUACAUACGCGUGCAUGAGCACAUCCCUAAGUCAGUGUGUGUGUGUGUGUGCAUGUGGGCUUGUGCGCGUGUGUUACUUUUUUAUUAAAUGAAAAGACAAUUUAUCACAAAUCUGGAUUCCAUGCACGGCAUCAAUAUGUAUGAGAAUUCGUGCUCAUAUCAGACGGCGUUAGAUCUUAAACGAGUAUCGCCGCCUACUUUGACGCAAGUAAAAACUGAGGAUUGCUUGACAUUAGGACAAUGUUCGCCGGAUUGGACAUCGUAUCGUUUCCAUCAAUCGACAUUCGAGCAACUAAAACAAAGUGUAGAAAAGGCUAAGGCCGCCUUACAGGAUCGUAGUACUUUUUUUGGAGCCUCAAGUGCAUUUAGCGAUAUUUAUUCUACACCACGUCUAAGUGAUACGUUAGAUACUUUGCCAAAUGUCCAGGGUAACAAUGGUGCCAACUGUAUAGGCAUUGUUCAUAAUUCGAAUUCGUCUUCGGUGGGUGCGAGUACACCAAGUCUGGUAUUGAAUGGCAAUUGUAUAACGACGGUAUCGUCAGUCACUUCAGGGCAACGUUAUCGUUUAGACAGCCUACAGCCAGCCGGUUGUUCGCCGGUUACACAGCAUGGUGUGAUUACUUCAAGUGCAGCCCCGCCACCACCUUCGUCAUCAUUAGCUACAACAACACUGGAUGGAUCUCCACAUCUAGAUACCAAGACCAGAGAAAAAUCCUCUGUGGCUUGUUCCUCUUCCUCUGUAAAUUCUCAUAGCGUUUCUAAUAAUGAAAAUCAUCGGUCUUCCAGCAGCAAAUGCGUAACGGAUUCAUCAUACAAGUCCUCGUGGGGCUCCCACAGCUCAACACAAUCUCAAGGCUACAGUUCGAAUGCUUUGAGCAGUGUAGGAGUAAGUGUUGGAAAAUCAUCACUGGAUCCACAUUCACAUUUAAGACAACCUGAUCCAUAUCAAAUGUUCGGACCCACCAGCAGUCGCUUGGCUAGUUCGGGUUCAGGUCAAAUACAAUUGUGGCAAUUUUUAUUGGAGCUCUUAUCGGAUUCAAGCAAUGCCGGCUGUAUUACCUGGGAGGGUACAAACGGUGAAUUCAAAUUAACCGAUCCCGACGAGGUGGCCAGACGUUGGGGCGAACGUAAAUCAAAGCCGAAUAUGAAUUACGAUAAACUAAGCCGGGCUUUAAGAUAUUAUUACGAUAAAAAUAUUAUGACCAAGGUUCAUGGCAAACGUUAUGCGUACAAGUUCGAUUUUCAAGGUUUAGCAGCAGCCACUCAACCUGCUGCCAGCGAUCCCACUUAUAAAUAUCAAAGUGAUUUAUUUAUGACACCAUAUCAUCAUAGCGCCAAGCUAUCCUCUUUCAUGAGUCCACACCAUGGUAUGACUUCAUCAUCAGCAUCCAUUUUUCCAUCGGCCGCUUCUUGGGGCAAUUGGGGCAAUCAUGCCACAAAUUUGUAUCAGCCGCAUUCAAUGGGCCAUGUGACACCCUCUCAUGUGGCACCCCAUCUUAGUUCCUAUCCCCACUACGCAUGACCAUCAUCGUCU